UCCCCCACCCACUCCUCCACGCAACAAAGAUCCCUCCUUUUCCCCCUCAAAAACCCUAACCCUAACAUCUUUUGAUGCCUCUAAUGGCGUUCGCAGGCCCAUUCCUCCCAAUUCCAGCCCCCUCCUCUUGUUCAAAACCUCUAUUCAUCCCCAGCGCCUCAUCAAAUUCCGCCGAAAACCGUUCCAAUUCCGUCGAAUUCACCUACGACCGAGCAAUCCCCUCGGUCCGCUGGCCCGAUCUCGAUUUCACCCAAUUCAACCUAACCCUCGAGGAAUUCCCACCCCCAGCCAAGCCCCAACCCAAACCCGAGCCCCGACCGGAGCCUCAGCCCGAACCCGAGACCCUAGAACCGCUCGAAUCGAAACAGACCCGAACCCGCGCCAAGAAGAUGACGAAGCUCGCCCUGAAGCGCGCCAAGGACUGGCGCAGCGGGUCAAGCUCGUCACCAGACCGCAUCCUCUCGCUCCUUCCGUCGGCCGCCGUCGCCGAGCGUUCUUGAUGCGCGUGCCGUGCAGAUGACCCAUCUGAUUAUGCCGCGUGGUCAAGUCGGUCGGCGCUGCCAGCUGGCAGCGGUCCCUUGAGGUCUUCGAGUGGCUGACGCUGAAAGAAACGGCAUUCUCCAUUCCCGAGAUUGCUCGCGGCCGUAAUAUCGGUGCUCGGCCGUGCCCACCAGGACUGCGUUGCUGAGGAUAUCUUUUUCCGGUGCGUCGAGGAGUCUGAGCCGUCGGUUCAGGUAUAUAAUGCUAUGAUGGGUGUUUUUGCUAGAAGUGGUAAUUUUGGUAAAGUUCAAGAAUUUAUUGACUUGAUGAGAUUGAAGGGGUUAGAGCCUGAUCUUGUUAGUUUCAAUACAUUAAUAAAUGCUCGAGCGAAAUCGAGAAGUUUGCCUAGAGGGUCUGCAAUAGAGCUUCUUGAUGAGGUUCGGAGAUCUGGGCUUAGGCCGGAUGCUAUAACUUAUAAUACCCUGAUUAGCGCUUGUGCUUAUAGUUCAAAUCUUGAGGACGCAGUUCAGGUUUUUAGGGCUAUGGAGGAGUCUAAGUGUUGUCCUGACUUGUGGACUUAUAAUGCUAUGGUUUCGGUUUAUGGGAGGUGUGGGUUGGUUCCUGAGGCUGAGAGGGUUUUCUUGGAGUUGGGUGAGAAGGGGUUUUCACCGGAUGCGGUUACUUAUAAUUCCCUUUUGUAUGCUUAUGCGGUAGAAGGGGAUGUUGAUAAGGUUAGAAGGGUUUGUGAUGAUAUGAUUAGUUCAGGGUUUGGGAAGGAUGAGAUAACGUAUAAUACGAUUAUUCAUAUGUAUGGUAAGAGAGGUGAUGUUAAUUUUGCAUUGGAAUUGUAUGGGGAAAUGAAAGAGGCAGGGUGUAAGCCUGAUGCAGUGACUUACACUGUGUUGAUUGAUUCGCUGGGGAAGUCUGAUAGGAUUUCUGAGGCCGGGAAGGUGAUGGAGGAGAUGGUGCAGGCUCAGGUGAGGCCGACAUUGAGAACCUUCAGUGCUUUGAUAUGUGGGUAUGCUAAGGUGGGGAUGAGAGCGGGGGCAGAGAGGACUUUUGAUCUUAUGGUGAGGUCGGGGAUCAAGCCGGAUAAUUUGGCUUAUUCUGUCAUGUUGGAUAUUAUGUUGAGGUGUGAUGAGACUAGGAAGGCGAUGGUUUUGUACCGGAGAAUGAUGAGGGAUGGGUUCUACCCUGAUGCUGGGAUGUACCAAGUCUUGCUUGAGGCUCUUGUUAAGGGGAAGAAGGAUGAGGAGAUAACUCAGGUGGUUAAGGACAUGGAUGAGGUAUGUGGGAUGAAUCCACAAGUGAUUUCGUCAAUUCUUGUCAAGGGAGAGUGCAUUGCUAUUGGUGAUGAGAUGUUGAGAAAGGCAAUUAUACAAGGUUAUGAACUUGAUAGUGAAAACUUGGUAGCUGUUUUGAGUUCUUAUUCCUUGUCAGAGAAGCAUGAAGAAGCUCGGUCCUUGCUUGAUUUUAUGAGCAAACAUUCACCAGAAUCAUAUCGUUUAGUUUCCCAAUCUUCAAUAGCGAUGCUUUGCAAAACUAACCAACUGGAAACUGCUUUAGAGGAGUAUAAUAAGACAAUGUGUUAUGGUUCUGAAACUUUCGGUUGUAACUUGUAUGAGCUUCUGAUUAAUUGCUGUCUUGAAAGGGAGUUAUUUUCUGAAGCUUCGCAGGUGUUCUCUGACAUGAAGUUAUUUGGCCUUAAACCUUCUCGAAGCAUAUAUCAAAAUAUGACCACAGCUUAUUGUAAUAUGGGUUUUCCUGAAACAGCUCAUAACUUGAUAGAUGAGGCUGAAAUGGCCGGCAUUUUGUUUGAUGAUGUUUCAGUUUAUGUCGGUGUGAUUGAGACUUAUGGGAGGCUAAAGCUGUGGCAGAGGGCUGAAAGAUUUGUUGGGAAGCUCAGAUUGCGCUCAGUUGUUGAUAGGAAGAUAUGGAAUGCUCUUAUAUGUGCUUAUGCAGAGAGUGGUCUUUAUGAGCAAGCAAGAGCAAUCUUCAGUUUGAUGACGAAGAAUGGUCCUCAACCGUCAGUGGAUUCUGUUAAUGGUCUUGUGAAAGCGUUGAUUGUUGAUGGAAGGUUAGAGGAGAUAUAUGUACUUGUUGAAGAGUUACAAGAUAUGGAUUUUAAGAUAAGCAAGAGCACUAUUCUCAUGAUGCUUGAUGCUUUUGCAAGAAAUGGCAACAUAUUUGAGGUAAAGAAGAUAUACCAUGGUAUGAAGGCUGCUGGAUAUUUGCCCACAAUGCAUCUGUACCGAAGUAUGAUUGGUUUGCUCUCUCGUGGGAAAAGGGUUAGAGAUGUGGAGUUGAUGGUUGAUGAGAUGAAAGAAGCUGGAUUCAAACCAGAUCUUGUUAUCUUUAACUCUCUCCUUAAGAUGUACACAGGAAUUGGGGAUUUUAAGAAAACUAUUGAGAUAUUUCGAAGCAUUCAGGAAGCUGGGCUUGAAGCAGAUGAGGAUACUUAUAAUACUCUUAUAGUAAUGUACAGCAGGGAUUUGAGGCCUGAAGAAGGUUUCACUCUUUUAAACGAGAUGAAAAAAAAGGGUAUAGAGCCUAAGUUAGAUUCCUACAAGAGCUUAUUGGCUGCAUGUGGGAGGGAAAAGCUAUUAGAACAGGCUGAAGAGCUUUUUGGUAGCAUGCGAUCAAAAGGAUGUAGAUUAGACAGGUCAUUCUAUCAUAUUAUGAUGAAAAUGUAUAGAAACUCUGGCAAUCAUUUGAAAGCUGAAAACUUGCUUCUUCUGAUGAAAGAAGAUGGGAUUGAACCAACAGUUGCUACGAUGCACAUGCUUCUGAUUUCUUACGGUGAUGGUGGGCAACCUCAGCAAGCUGAAGAUGUGCUUAACACCUUAAAAGUUUCUGGCCAGAAUCUUACUACGUUGGUUUACAGUGCUGUUAUUGAUGCUUAUUUCAAGAAUAAAGAAUAUAAAAUGGGAAUUACAAAGCUGUUCGAGAUGAAUAGAGAUGGUGUUGCACCAGAUCAUAGAAUAUGGACAUGUUUUGUCAGGGCUGCAAGUUUCUGCCAAGAAACAGAAGAUGCAAUUAGCCUUCUGAACUGCCUGCAUGACAUUGGGUUUGACCUCCCUCUCAGGCUUUUGACUGAGAAGCCUGAGUCUCUAUUUACGGAGCUGGACAACUUGCUUGACAAACUAAGCCCAGAGGAAGAUAAUGCCGCCUUUAAUUUUGUCAAUGCAUUAGAAGACCUGUUGUGGGCAUUUGAGCAUCGAGCCACUGCUUCAUGGGUUUUUCAACUAGCAAUCAGGAAAGGCAUAUAUCGUCAUGAUGUGUUCCGUGUUGCAGAUAAAGACUGGGGAGCUGAUUUCAGAAAGCUAUCGGCUGGUGCUGCUCUUGUUGGUCUUACCUUAUGGCUGGACAACAUGCAGGAUGCUUCAUUACAGGGUUCACCUGAAUCUCAGAAGUCCGUUGCCCUCAUUACAGGAACUGCUGAAUAUAACAUGGUUUCAUUAGACAACACUAUAAAAGCAUAUCUAUGGGAAAUGGGAUCACCUUUUCUUCCAUGCAAAACGCGUAGUGGUGUUCUUGUGGCCAAAGCUCAUUCCCUUAGGAUGUGGCUGAAGGAUUCUUCUUUCUGUAUGGACCUUGAGUUAAAAGACGCUCCAAAUCUUCCCAAAUCAAACUCGAUGAUGCUAACUGAAGGAUAUUUUAUGAGGGCCACUCUAGUUCCAGCAUUUAAAGAUAUACUUGAAAGGCUGGGAAAAGUGAGGCCAAAGAAGUUUGCUAGAUUGGCUCUAUUGUCUUCUGAGAGCAGAGACAAAGUCAUUACACGUGAUAUAGAAGGUAAGAAAGAAAAGAUGGAAAAGUUGAACAAAAGAGGAGCCACCAGAGCAAGGAGGCCAACAAGAUUACGCACACAGAAAUUUAUGAGGAGGCAACAUAAAUCUGCUGCAGCUUUAGGGUGAUGGAAAGACUCUCUGGUACUUGUAAAGUUAAUAGUGGCAUCCUAUUCAUGCUUGGAAAACUAGGCGUUGUUUUGAUUAGUCCAUCCUAAUUUGCACAUUGUUGAUAUCUGUUUGUGGAAAGCUUUCAAACUUGAUGGACCACAAAAGCCUUCUGUUGCAAUAUGAUUUAAGUUGUUCAAGUAAAGGUUGAUGGAACCUGGACUAACAAUCUUUUGGCUACCAUCUAGAGUAUUUGGUGACUUUGUUUGAGGUUGGAGCCCCCAAUACUCAAGAUCCUCGAUGAACAGAGGGAAUUGAUCCUUAAAAGACUGCUCAAACGAUGGUGUUUGUGCUCCCUUAUUAUCAUCCUCGCACAGAUUUCAGGAUGUAGUAGCAGUUUUGCGGGCUCUUGAAAUGUUGAUCUAGGCAGUUAUCUGCAAAGUAGAACACACAUUUUUUUAGAGAGUAAAAAGAGGAGCAAAUGUGUUUUUGACAUUAUGCUUUGUUUCAUGGGAUCUAUAUAUGCAAGAAAUGCUUCCUUGGGCUGCGCAACAGGAGACCAAUUAGUGUUCAAACAAAGAUAAGUAUAUGGAGUGCAAUCGGAACACCCGUGCACAAAUAGGGUGUUUUGAGCCAUUGGCCGGGGUGGGGUGUAAAGAGUUAGUUUGGAAAUUGACUAUUCUAUUUAUAGUUCGAACUACCCCACUUACAAAGGGGGUUAUGAUCGGAUUUGUAUUCCGGAAGAUAUGACUAUUCAAUACAACAUAUUGUAUUUUACAGCCCUAGUUGGAGGCCAUGUCCUUUGCACCUAGAUAAAUUUCAUAUUUGUACAAUUGAUGAUCUGAAUAAAAUUUAAAUCACUGUAGAUUUA